AUGAAAGCUGGUCUGCCACUGAAAGCCAAAGCACCAAACAGACAGAGCAGGCAACUCCUGCUGUUCAUGAUAAGGAUGACCCCUGGUCAAAAGACCUCACCAACCAUGCUUUCAAUACUUAGUGCUUUUCAGGCAAGUGUCACCUACUCAAAUUCAUUACUUCACGAGCUGGUUCAGCAAGUGUAAGUCUACAUCGAGCCAGACAACCGACUCGCCCGCUAAAAGAAAGAAUCAUGACUCAGAUGAGUCAGGUCGCACCAUUGCGAUCACCUCAGAGAAAGCAAAAACAAUUACUUCAAAGGAAGUACAUGAUAGCACUUGAGAUGAAGCACACCCCAAGCUCCAAGAUGAUGAUGCACUCAGUUUAUGUGGCGACUACGGUCUUGUCAACGAGCCACUAGAACCAGAAGAUGAGUUAAAUAAUGAUGGGUUACUCACUCAAAUCACCACUUUCCUGAGUUCGUCUAAUGAAAGUGGCCUCUCAGUAUCUGACAAAUUGUCAAAACUUGUUAAUGCUAAGUUUCAAACUCAAUACAGUGGUGACGAACGAAAAGAAAUACUUCAAAUGUAUAAGACACCUAGUAAUUGUACACAGCUCUUUGCACCCAAAGUAAACCCAGAAAUUCGGGGGAAUCUUAGCAGAUAUCAGAAUGUCUGUGUUACAGGACAUGUUAAUCAAAGUGUCCAGUGCCAUUGUGGUAACCGUCGAGGCCCUGCUGAGUCAUUGGGAGAAGAAGACCUCUCCCAAUUAUAGAAGCAUCAUACCCAGGCUGACCGACUCUGUUGCUUUACUUGGGCAUGUAAACAAUGAACUCUCCUUGACAUGAAGGGAUGCUAUUUACGCUUAUUUAAACCAGGAGUGUAAACAGGCCUGCUCCAGAACCCUCAAACCGGGGAAGCUUUUGUGCGUGAGGACUUACCCAAAACUCUACAAGAAUUAAAGACAACAAAUAGAUUGAGUAAAGUUACACCUAGUAACAACAAAGGAAGUGUUUCACAAAAGAACCACAACAGUGGCCAGUUCAGAGGAAGCCAGUCUCAAGGUCACCAUAGUAGUAAGCCCUUUUUAGGGAUCAAGGGGGGUAAUCCUUAACCCCCCAGAAAAAAUCAACAACCGUGUCGUUUCCAUGCCAAGAAGAAUUUCACAAAGAAUUUAAUGUCAUCAAAACGAAGGUAAAAGAGUUCCCACAGCACAUAGAUUGCUCUCUUACUCCCUAUUUGCGUGCUAAGGUCAACAGUUUCAAAGGGGGGCAGUUAUCCCUGCAUAUACACCCGGAGUAGUCAAUCGAUAAAAAUCAGUAUCGAUAAAAAUAGGUAGUAAUCAAGUGAUUUUUAUCGAUAACGGAAAUUGGUGAAAAUUGAUAAACUGAAUUGCUGUGUCAAAUCAAUAUUAUCAAUUUUUAUGGUUUUGACGAUUUAUAACGGAAGUCCGCCAUUGAUGUUUAGAUAGUGCAGCUAAGAAAACACACCCACAAGAACAACUGAUCUGCAAACAUGAAAAUGACACACAACUUCUCUCCAACACCCUUUCUUUUGGACAUAAUAACAAAAACAGUUCGGUUCAAUUACAUUCAGUUCUUGAAGGCAAGUAUCACGAGAUAUACAUCCUCAGAUUAAGAUUUCCUAGCCUAAAUUUCAGGCAUUCCUUCAAGUCGGGAUUCAGGCAAAAAGAUUUUCCUGAUAGAUUUUCACUGUUUUCUGAUAUCAAUCGAUAGAAAUCACUUGAUUGCUAACGAUUUUCAACGAUUUCGCUUUUUAUCUAUGGACUACUCCGGUUCCUCCGGGAUGCAACUGCACCCAUAUCUACACCCACAUUAUUUUGGAAGAGUGGUAGAUCUAAAUCCUGAAAAAAUAGGCACCUACAGACCUGGCCAAUAUCAGCCAUCAGAAGAAGCUUUUAAACCUGGUUUUAAAGAAAAGAUAAGAUUUUUUUAAAAUUUCUUUAUACGCAAUAACGUUUGAUAAAUGAUACAGUGAUAAAUGUUUGACCCUCUGCAAGACCUUCAAUUGCCACUCAAUUGUCAAUAAAUUUACUUUUUGCAUGAAUUCAGUUUUAAUUUUUUGAUGAACAGAUGUUUCUUCCGAUGUGAAUCAAUGAAAUUAGUCAAAAUCAAGAUAAAUCGAUAAAUGAAAAAAGUGUGUCAUCAAUUUCUACCAAUUGAUCGAUACAAUCAAUAUCAAUCAAAUCAUUUACUGACUUUUAUCAAUUUAUCAAUUGACAAAUCGAUACUGAUUUUUGUCAAUUGACCACUCCAGGAUAUACACGAAUGAGCGACUGUAACAACCAAUGCUACUAUUCUCCACACUAUUUCAGGUGAAUGUAUUUUGUUCGUCUCCCAACCGUUUGACCAGGUGGCAUACCCACAAAACUCAUAUCAGGAGACCACAUGAGUCUAGUUGAUGAGGAAAUAUUUGCCCUCCAGGAUAAAGGAUUAUUGUCCCCUGUACCCAUGAACCUGGUGAAUUCACUUCACCCAUUUUUACCUGUAUGGCACUGUGAGACUUAUCUUUAACUUAAAGAAAUUGAAUUCAUUUAUAAAGAAUUCCCAUUUCAAACUGGACAAGAUACGUACCGUCUUGGGUCUGGCAACUCCAAACUGUAGGAUGGCAUCCUUGGACUUGAAGGAUGCUUAUUAUAGUGUCCAUAUACACCCCUAUUUUCAGAAGUACGUAAAGUUUAUGUACAAUGGAAGAUUCUUUAAAUACACAGUUUUUCCUAAUUGUCUUUCCAUUUGUCCUCGAAAAUUCACUUUAAUGUUGAAUCCACCCCUUUCACAUCUGAGACUGAUGAACUACAUUGUGUGUGGAUACACUGAUGAUUUAUGUCUUCAAGGACGUUCAUAUCAGAGAUGUGCGAUCAAUGUCCGUGAUUCCAUUUUCAAAUGUAAUCCACCCUGAAGAAUCGGUGUUUAUUCCACUGGAGAAAAUGAUUUUUUGGGGAUUCAUUAUUGAUUCUGUAAGAAUGAUUGUCAUGCUCACUGAAGAUAAGAUACACAAGUUAAAAGACUUGCUAAUCUUUCCUAUGGACAAUGCCCAUUCCCUUAGGAUUCGGGACAUUGCUAGACUUAUUGGCCACUUAGUGUGA